GGGAAGACCAAGACGCCAGGCCCGCGGAUUAGUCCCCGCCCCGGGGCGGUGUCGCUGGAGCGUCAGGGGAGUCCCGCUCGCUGCAGCCCCAGCGCCGCGCGCGCCCCUCCCUCCUCGCGGACCUGGCGGUGCCGGCGCCCGGAGUGGCCCUUUAAAACGGCAGCUUCUUGUCCGGAGGGGGCGGGCGGGGGGCGCCGACCGCGGCCCGAGGCCCGGCCCCUCCCCUCUCCCUCCUUCUGUCCCCGCGUCGCUCGCUGGCUCGCUGGCUCGCUGGCUCGCUCGCCUGCCCGGCGCACGCUCCGCCUCCGUCAGUUGGCUCCGCUGUCGGGUGCGCGGCGUGGAGCGGCAGCUGGUCUGGACGCGCGGCCGGGGCUGGGGGCUGGGAGCGCGGCGCGCAAGAUCUCCCCGCGCGAGAUCGGCCCCUGCCACCGGGCGAGGCCUGCGCCGCGAUGGCAGAGAUGGGCAGUAAAGGGGUGACGGCGGGAAAGAUCGCCAGCAAUGUGCAGAAGAAGCUCACCCGCGCGCAGGAGAAGGUUCUCCAGAAGCUGGGGAAGGCAGAUGAGACCAAGGAUGAGCAGUUUGAGCAGUGCGUCCAGAAUUUCAACAAGCAGCUGACUGAGGGCACCCGGCUGCAGAAGGAUCUCCGGACCUACCUGGCCUCUGUCAAAGCCAUGCACGAGGCUUCCAAGAAGCUGAAUGAGUGUCUGCAGGAAGUGUAUGAGCCUGACUGGCCCGGCAGGGAUGAGGCAAACAAGAUUGCAGAGAACAACGACCUGCUAUGGAUGGAUUACCACCAGAAGCUGGUGGACCAGGCGCUGCUGACCAUGGACACGUACCUGGGCCAGUUCCCUGACAUCAAGUCACGCAUCGCCAAACGAGGGCGCAAGCUGGUGGACUAUGACAGUGCCCGGCACCACUACGAGUCCCUUCAAACUGCUAAAAAGAAGGAUGAAGCCAAAAUCGCCAAGGCCGAGGAGGAGCUCAUCAAAGCCCAGAAGGUGUUUGAGGAGAUGAAUGUGGAUCUGCAGGAGGAGCUGCCCUCCCUGUGGAACAGCCGCGUAGGUUUCUAUGUCAACACGUUCCAGAGCAUCGCGGGCCUAGAGGAAAACUUCCACAAGGAGAUGAGCAAGCUCAACCAGAACCUCAACGACGUGCUGGUUAGCCUGGAGAAGCAGCACGGGAGCAACACCUUCACGGUCAAGGCCCAGCCCAGAAAGAAAAGUAAACUGUUUUCACGGCUGCGCAGAAAGAAGAACAGUGACAACGCGCCUGCAAAAGGGAACAAGAGCCCUUCACCUCCAGAUGGCUCACCUGCCGCCACCCCUGAGAUCAGAGUCAACCACGAGCCAGAGCCAGCCGGCGGGGCCACGCCCGGAGCCACCCUCCCCAAGUCCCCAUCUCAGCUCCGGAAAGGCCCACCAGUCCCUCCGCCUCCCAAACACACCCCGUCCAAGGAAGUCAAGCAGGAGCAGAUCCUCAGCCUGUUUGAGGACACGUUUGUCCCUGAGAUCAGCGUGACCACCCCCUCCCAGGUCAGCCGCGGCCGCCGCGGCCCAGCUCUCCUCUCUUCCUGCCCUCUCAGGGCGUGCAUGGCCUUCAUCCUCUAUGCUUCUGUCUCAAGAGCCAAGAAUCUGGCCAGAGAGACUGUCAGUUUCCCUCCUCACCCUUCCUUCCCUCCGUCCAUCAUCCUCCAUCAUCAUCACCCAUCUCUGAGCAUGUACCAAGGCUGGAUGCAGGGCCACAGAGGGGAAAGGUGCCCACCCCUCCCGGCACAGCAGUCACGUCAGCAGUACCCUUGCGGUUCAGUGGGUGCUAUGGCAGAGGGGGCUGGGGAGUGUGGAGGCCCCGUGGUGUCAGGGAAGGCUUCCCGGUGCAGGGAGAGUUGGAAGGCUCUGGAGUGGCUGAAGCACCUGGACUUCAGCUUCCACAGCUGCUGUCAGGCACUUGAGUGCGGGGGCAGCGGCCAGGCUUCAGAGCACAGCUGCUGUGUGCACACUCCCUGAGAGGUGUGCAUGCCCAGAUGCAGCAGGGAGCCACCCAGGGUGGCUUGGGUCUCUCCCAAUGGACCCUCGGCUCAGCUGUGGAGGUGCCUCUGGGGAGCCCGGCCCACUGCCCCAGGUCUCACGUCCUUCUUGGUGGGGGCCGGGCGGGAGUGUCUUGCUGGAAGCGCCACUCGCCAGUGCUGGAGUGGGCUGAUGUGUUGUCAGAUUUGCCCAGGGGUGGCUGGCCUUCCCUUCACUCCCCCAGAGCUGACUGCCUCCUCAAGGCCAGCCAUCCAGGCCUCGGCCUCCCUCCUGUGGUGAGCCAGGGCCCUUCCCACAUGGGGAGCCUCACCUGUAGGGGAGGCUGUCCAGUCCAGGCUGUGGGGCCUCCAGCAAACCCCUUCACACAGCUCAGAUGCCUAGUGGGGAUAGGUUGGAGGGUGUGAGUGUGGGGAGUGGCUGCUGGGAACUGCGAACAGUGGUCGCUGCUAGGAAGGGCUGGGAAUGGCGGGCCUCAAGCCCCUAUGCAAAGACUAGGGCUAGAACUAAGGAGCUUUAGAUCCAAGGCUGCAGGUGUCUGGGUAAGUGACGCAGGUGUCAGGGACCUGGCAGGCUUGGGAGCCCCUCUCUGUGGGAUGGUGGCAGAGGGCGAUGUAGGAAGAGCAGUGUGGGGUCAGGGCUGAGGACCUCCAGGGCUGCUUGCUGCUGGCCUCCCUGGCUCGAGCGUGCCUCCACCCUGGGGAUGCCCAGUGUGUGUGCAGGUGAGGGAGAUGGGAUGGCAUGGACACUGGCAAAUACUGAGCGGGGAGUGGUGCCAGCCACUCCCAUUAGGCCUAUAUCCCAUUAGGCCCCCAUUAUGCAUCAUGCCCCCAUUUAACAGGUGAGGAAAGGAACCUAGAGCAUGUGCCGCGGGCCCACGCCAGAACAAGGUGUGCCAGGCCGGGAGGUGGCCCAGAGACCACCCGCACCCAGGUUCUGAGCACGCCUGUCCCUCUAUGCCAUACCUGCCUCCCUGGCCACCGCGUGUGCCAUCUCCAGGCAACUGGUCUUCCUGGUCUGGGGUGGGGGAGCCAUGACCUUUGGGUGGAGCAUGGGGCAGGGGUGGGCUUGCCCUUGUCCAUGACGCUGGUGCCCACGGGCUUCCCAGCUGUGGGGUGGUGAAUAGCCUGUGUCCCUGCAUGGAGGGACAGUCCCGGGUCCACAUGGCGAGGUGCCACCUGCCAGGGCAGGACAGCGAAGGGAUGGUCAGCUCUCUGGCGGGUGACCCUCCCCUCGGCACACGAUGGGUAUUGCUGCCUGGGUUGGCUGACUUCUCUGAGACAGGAGGGAGGGGUGUUGCUGGGGUAGGGUGGGAGCCGCUGGGGAGAGAUGCUGGCUGCCCACUGGUUGGAGGCACCUAGGAGCUGUGCACAGGCGUCCACGUGGCUCUUUCUUCAGAGACGGCCGGUUAUGGGGCAGAGCAGUGACCUCCCCACCCUGGCUUCCCCAGACAGGGCUGGACCUAAAGGAAAGUCAGCUGAUGGGAUGGGCCCAGGGCAGGGCUUGGGGCCUGGGGCCUGGGGCCCCUGGUUCCAAGGAGUGAGUCUAUUUGGCCUGGGUUCUCUGACACCUCGGCGUGGCCAUGUGGACUGCUCCACGCCUUGUCCCCUGAGCUGCGGGACAGCUGGGUGUUCUUAGGACUGAGGGCCUUGGGUCUCUCCCAACGGGCCCUCAGCUCAGCUGUGGAGGUGCCUCUGGUGAGCCCGGCCCACAGCCCCAGGUCUCACGUCCUUCAUGGUGGAGGCUGCGUGGAAGGGCACCCCUGUCCGUGCCCAGUGCCUGUAAGAGUGUGUGGAGGUACAAGAUGGAGACCGGAGCCGAGCCACUCCCCGCUCCUCAGAAGGCAGCUUGUGCCCUGGGCAUGGGCAUGGGCAUGGGCGUGGCCGUGGGCAUGGGCGCUGUCCAGGGCUCACUGGAGUCAUUGUUCCCGCCUGUGCCGGGGGCUCUAAGGAAGCCCCUUCCUCCCCAUGCUAGUCUGGCCCAGCUUAUGGGGAGGCUCGUCACAGUGUGGCCAGGGCCACCGUGUCCCAUCCCUGGGGCCAUGCCUGUCACAUGCCUAUUCCUGGGCUCACUGGAAGGGGAUCUUGGGGGGUGGCUGCUGGGGAGGGGUCAAGGGCCUCCAGUUUUAACCCAGGUGCCCCAGGUGGUUCUGAAGCCCCUGAAUGUUGAAGACCCCCACUUGGAAGCUUGGCCUCUUGGGCUUUGUGGGCUGGCCCCACCCUUUCCUCCAUCCCUGGAGCUGGCUGGUGGCGGUGUUGCCACAGAGUGACCUGCCUGUCUGGGGUUGAAGAAAAGCCAGUGGAAAGUCUCUGCCUUUGGAGCUUUCCCAGUCGGGAGCACUGACGGUGGCUGUGGCCUGGUGCCACUCUUGCCACUGGGGAGUAGCCGCAUGAGCUACUCUUGGGCAGGGAGCGGAGAGGAGGUGCAGGCACGGGGCGGGCGGGGGGUCGGGGGCGCCAGCUUGUGGAUGGAGGUGGGAGAGACCUGGGACCUGGCGCUGGCUCUGCGGGGUGGUGGCCACGCCUAUGACUGGGAGUUUGAAGCGGGCACUGGGGUCGUCCUCCUGGUGUGGGCGGGAGCCUGUGCGGGGGCGUGUGGCUUUGGGCAAUGUUCCUGGGUGUGAGGUGGAUGGGCUGGUGCCUGGGCUGUGUGCCAGCGUGUGCAUGUAUGUGCACUUGCUCUGUGCAUGUGUGUCGCAUGUGUGUGUGUGUGUGUGUGUCCAUGCGUGUGCCUGCAUCUGCAGUGUCUGCCUGGGGUGAGGGCUCCCAGCUUAACACUAACUGCUUCCUCCUCUGCUGCUGCUGCCAAGUUUGAGGCCCCGGGGCCUUUCUCGGAGCAGGCCAGUCUGCUGGACCUGGACUUUGACCCCCUCCCGCCCGUGACGAGCCCCGUGAAGGCACCCACGCCCUCUGGUCAGGUUGGUUGUGCCCACCAUUGCCAUGGGCCCACCAGCCUCCAGGUGCCCAACCCUGGGCUCAUGUUGCCCAUUGGUCAUGUGACCCCAUCUAGGCCUGGGUCACUGCCCUUCCCCUGGCACCCCAGCCUUCCGCCCUCAUCACCUCCUAGUUGUAGGGCAGGGAACAGCCCCUUAUCAGCUGGGAGAACUCAGUAGGAGGUCACUGAACACUACCCAGCAACUCUGUGCUCAUCUUGCACCCUGGCCUGGGGUCUUGAAGCUCCCUGAGAGGUGUCAGGAGCUCAGUCACCUGCAAACCUUGGAGUCUAGCUGGCUCUGAGCCACUCCUGCACCUGCUGGGCUGGAGGGCCUGGGGGGAGCGGGGGUAGUGUCCCUGGGGACUGCUUGCCACCCUGUCUCUAACCUCUGUGCUAACUGUCCUUCUCGCCCUCACUGCUGCGCUCAGUCAAUUCCAUGGGAUCUCUGGGAGGUAAGCUGUGCAUCUGCUCUGUGUCCAGCCCCUGUGGGAGCCACUCUUCCAUAUGUGUCCGGGCCCACGUGCCUUGGCCUCCUCCUAGCCUGUUCACAGGUGCACACACCCCACACACACCCCACACGCAGCACACACAGGCAUGUGCUCAGGCACAGGGAGCUGGUGAGGCCGUCCAUCUCCAGCCAUUCUGCUGCUGUUCCCUCUGGCAGGCCCUUGGGAAAGGGGAUCCUCAGUUUAGCUUGAGACAGGGGUCCCCUGAAACCUGGUCUUGUUUUCAUAGCCUGUGAGUGUUUGCCUCCGGACAGAAGCGGGCCGGGGACCCAGGACGGACGAGUGUCCUCAGGGUGUGGGGCAGGAGGGCCUCGGGUGGAAGGUUCUUGCCCUCUCUGAGCUUUCAGGCAGUGGGGAGCUAUUUGGGAGGAGGGGGAGAGGGGAGGAAUGGAUGGUUUGAGAGAGUCAGGGAAGACAGGGUGUGGCUGGGUGCCUUCUGAGAGCAGGGCCUGCAGGCAGGUGCAAGGCCAGCUCACACAGGACCCGUGUCACUGUCACCUGAUAGCUCAGGACACAGAGGCUCAGGGAGGGCUUGGUACUUGCCCAAGAACUGGUCAUGGUAGAGCCAGAAUUCCAACAGGGUUUCCUGGGCUCUGUCCCUGAGACCCCCUGAUAAAGGCAGAGACACUGGGAGGGGCAGGCGGGUGUACAGGUGCCCUUGGGGCACCCGCUGGCAGCCCCGGCUCCUGGGAGCUCUGGAGGCUCCAUGGCAGGAUUUCCCUGUGGAGGAGGCUAGAAAAAGCCAGCCUGGUGUGGGCUGCAGGGCCAUUUUGACAAGUGGGUUUUGGUAGGUGCCAAGCUUGGGCAGCAGACACCCUGCCUGUCCCUUUGGCAGUGAUAAGAGAGAGGAUGUGGGAGGCGGGUGGCCAGCCGGGCUCUGCUGGUACCCACCCUGCCCCACCAACCCCAGCCGCUGGUGAUAUCUUCUCUCGUCUUGUGAUCCUGCCCAUUGUCCUUCCACCCCGGCCUCCCCUCCCCCUCCCUGUUCUCUCCUCGUGGCCUGUUACCAGCCCACAGAGAGUCCAGCCGGCAGCCUGCCUUCCGGGGAGCCCAGCGCUGCCGAGGGCACCUUUGCUGUGUCCUGGCCCAGCCAGACGGCCGAGCCGGGGCCUGCCCAAGUAAGUGCCCACCUCCAGCCCCUGUCUGGCUUGUCCCCAGUCUCUGGGGGUGCAGCAUGGAAGGAGAGCCCCGAGGAGGGGUUGCAGGAGGGACCAGGCCACCAUGGAUGUGAGGGUGAGGACAGUGUCCUGAGCUAGGCUGCCCCAGCAUGGGCUUGUCACCAAGGCUGCCAGGGGUGAGUGAGCACAGCUGGGCACAUCAGCCCCUCCUGCUCACCCACCCCAGCCCAGCCUCCCAGCACAGCCUCCCAGUGCAGCCUCCCAGACCAGCCUCCCAGCUCAGGCCUCCCAGAGUAGGAGGAGGAGCGUUCAGAGCACCUACUGGUUUAUGCCAGGCACUUUCCAGAAUCUUCUCAUUUAAUCUUCAUUGUCACCUUGCCAGCCAGACACCUCCUCCUUUGACAGAUGAGGAGAUGGGGGACUAGAAGGGUUGAGUCACUUGGUUCCAGCACUCAGAAGUGGCCAAGUCUGAGUGUUGGCCCAGGUCAGCCCAGCUCUGGGGCCCCUGCAGGGCCUGCUGUGGUGCCCGUGCUGUGCCACACCCUUCUUGGGUUUGGGCUGCACACAGGCUGCACCGCACUGCCUGUGCUUGGUUGUGCUCAGGCUGGGACAGAUGUGUGCUGCUGUCCCCUGCCAUGGACCGUCUGUAGGUUCAGAAAGCUCCUGCCACCUGCCAGGCCAAGCAGGGUGGGCGGGCGGUGGCUGUGGUUGGGUGAGGUCUUGGUGCCGAGAGGGCAGGGCCUGUGAGGCGGGGUUGGGGGUGGCACUCCGGGGCUUGCACUGGGCGUCUUCACAGCAUGCCACUCACAUCCCUGGGCGUGCCAGCGCCUACUCUUCAGCUGCUUCCCGGGCCCAGGCCUGACCUGUCCAGCAGGGGCUCCCUGGAUUCUUCGAGGCACUGGGCGGCUCUAGACCCUGCUGCCAGCCAGGCGAUGCCGCCAGCCCUCUCACUUGGGUGCUGCCCUCCUGUGGCCUGUUUCCUGUGUCCUGAUUGUGUCCUGUC